AGGAAACCGGAGUGUGCGGUCGUAAAAGUAAAAGAGCAUAUCAGCCAAGUGAAGCGGCAAACCUAGAACUCUCAGAAAAGCGACAGAGAUUCAACAGUAGCAAACCAAACUAGACGAUGGGAGUAGAGAAGCAACUUAUCAGGCCCGGCACCGGUCCGAAGCCUGCCGCCGGCCAAAGUGUCACCGUUCACUGCACUGGUUUUGGGAAAAAUGGUGAUCUCUCUCAGAAGUUUUGGAGCACAAAGGACCCUGGGCAGAAGCCUUUCACAUUCAAAAUUGGCCAGGGAAAUGUUAUAAAAGGAUGGGAUGAAGGUGUCUUGGGAAUGCAAAUUGGAGAAGUUGCUCGUCUGCGGUGCUCUCCGGACUACGCAUAUGGAGCCAGUGGAUUUCCAGCAUGGGGAAUACAACCUAACUCAGUCCUGGAUUUUGAGAUUGAGGUCCUGAGUGCGGAGUGACUUCCCAGUAGGAUUAGGCAAUCCUCUACAACUUCAAAUGGAAUCAUCUAAUAAUUAACUUGUCAUGGACAUAAAUGAGUGUUGUCUACAUACUUUUGAUGGAUAUGUUAUUUGGUUAACGUGAGAUGCUUGUCCUGUUAUAACUUUUGUGCGAGUCUCUAAUAAUAAUUUAAACGAGAUGAUGCAAAACUCA